UUAACGACACUACAUCCGUUUACGGCAGCAUGGCAGCCUGCAGGACUGAGCAAGGUUCGCGUGAGCUUUGAGCGCGAGCGCCGGUAAAUUCGCGAUGACCGCGCGGGCAGCAGGUCUGUUGGGCGCGUAAAGAAGAUGACGGCGACGUGUUUCGGUCAGAUUUCGGUGACCUUGCUCCGCUCCGCUGCUCGUGCUCCCUUCGCGGGUGUGUGUCGCCUCGAGCCUGCGACAUGGCGGCUUAGACACGCACUUGUCACGGAGCGCGCGAGGGUAACGCCAAGCCUGGUGAGCGGCGCUCGGCUCCUCGGUCAUGGAUGGACGGGACACCGCGGCGCGUGUCGGACAUUAAUUCAACAAGUAAAGCUGACACCCUGGCAUGCGCGCGGAGCUGUGCUCGAGCACUGGAGAGGUCACGGGAGGUCGGGGGCCGGUUUCUUGUCCUUGCUGCCCCUGGGAGUGCGAGGACUGUGCAACAGAAGCACGGAGACUCGGGACACCCCGGUAUCAGCGGACCGGGAGGAGGGGGCGGAACCGGGCCAAGGCCUGUUCAAGUUCAAAGAGCUGUAUGAGAACCCGUGGACGAUCCCAAACCUGCUGUGCGUGUGCCGCAUUUUGCUGGCUCCGUUCCUGGGUCACCUGAUCGUCCAGCAGCAGUUUGACCUCAGUCUGGCUCUGUUUGUGCUGGCCGGAGCUACAGACCUGUUGGACGGUUACAUUGCCAGGCGGUGGCCCACUCAGAAGUCUGCUUUGGGCAGUGCUCUGGACCCGCUGGCUGACAAGAUCCUCAUCAGUAUUUUAUACGUCAGCCUGACCUACGCUGACCUUAUUCCAGCUCCGUUGACAGCUCUGGUGAUUUUCAGAGACGUUGGUUUGAUAGCUGCUGUCUUCUGGGUCAGAUACAAGACUGUUCCCCCACCAGUGACCCUCAGUAAGUUUUUUAACCCCUGCUACACCACAGCCCAGCUCAAGCCCACCUUCUUCAGCAAGGUGAACACAGCCAUCCAGCUGUGUCUGGUCGCAGCUUCCCUAGCAGCUCCAGUCUUCCAGUUCACAGACAGCGUCCUGCUGCAGUGUUUAUGGUACAUCACGGCUGUGACUACUACAGCGUCGGGCUACAGCUACUGGCAUUACGGCCGUAAGACCGUCCAGGUGCUGAACACCAGGUCGCCAUGACGAAUGUAUGAAUCCAGACUGAAGCAGCUGCUGCUGAAACACUCGCACCGACUGAAUGACUGACGGAGCCUCACCAAGAGCCCUGAGCAAGCAGCUGGGCUCAGCGGUUCUGGGUUCCCGAGGCAACAUCUCACAGAAACAUAACUUCUGAAGCCAGUGGUGGUUUAGUGCAACACUACAGUGAUAGGACGUCUGCUGCCUAGAAUCAUCAGCAAAAAGAGACCAAAUACGAAGAUCAACCUCUCACUGACUCGUCAGUCGUCUGCUGGAAGCCUCUGGAUGGAUCGACCUGACGAUUGUCUUUGUAAUCUGAGGAUUCAGGAUUCAAAUGAAGCCGAUUGUUUUUUUAUGUUUCUGUGGGUUUGUGAAUGAAAGACUUUCUGUCAGGGCUCAAUGCUGAGUGAAGAAUGAACAUCAGAGCAGGCUUCACAACACCUACUGCAUCCUGAACCAUCACACCAUCUACCAGACUCAGGUUUAUGAUCCAACUGUUCUGUAUAAUCUCUUGUCAAUCUUCUAAUAAAAGAGCUUCCACCACUUCCUCUGAA